AUGUCUGCAAUGAACACAGAAGGACAAGGACCUGCAGUCCUAUUUAAAUUUCUUUCCAAGCUUGGACUGGAGAAAUUUUAUCCCAACAAGCUCACUCUUCACUCUCUCUUGGAGAUCAACAAAAACAGCACUUAUGAAGAUGCUGUUAUAUCGCUGGAGGAAAUCCCAUGGUAUUUCAUCAGAAAACUAUUUAAAAUUAAUGCUGAAUGUAGAAGAUGUACACACUUAUCAAACAACCAUGAGGAAAACUAUGAUGAAUUUGACAUAGACCUCUACACUGCAGUUGACUCUGCAGAGGAUAAUAAUGUUAAUCCUCUCGACCUCAUAACAGCACUCUUCCUAUGUGCUGACAGCUUCCUGCAACAGGAAAUGGCCCUCAAGAUGUCAAUGUGUCAGUUUUCUGUCCCACUGGUGUUGCCCUUUGGUAAUAACAGUCAGAGUACCCUGAUGCUGUGGGCUCUGAGGGACAUCGUCAAAGAGUGGUGUCCACAUGAUUUGUCUGAAACAAAAGGGUUUGUUGAAGACAACAUUAUCCAGGCAAAUAUACCAUUCUACUCAUUUGUGAGGCUGAAAAACUGCAGUUUAUCCAAGUCCCAGAUUCUGAAUCAUGUGCUCAGCUGCGGCCAGCAGAAUCACAACAUCUUCAUACACAGAGAUAUGGAAGGAGGAACACUUAAAAGAAACAUUGCAAAUGGUUUGGUGGAGGUUUGCUGGUCUCUCCCCAGUGGAAGACAAAAGCUCGACAUAUUUCCAGAACCAAUUGCUUUUGCCAAUUUGCGAGGAGACAUUUGUGAGUCGAUGACACAAUUCAGUUUUCUUUAUCAAGCGUCAAAUGCUACCUUUGUAUUCCUGGACAAAAUUGAAGAAAAUGAGCACAAGAUUCUGACUUCUCUUCAAGAUGUGAAAUCCAAACUGUUCUUGGUUGUUAAUCACAAGGGUGGGAAUGCUAGAGAGGAUAUGAUGUCCGUGAAGACUCUACUGAAAGAACUGGAUUUACCAAACACCAAUGUUAAAACUAAAGACCCAAGAGUAAAUGUUGCAGAGUUCUCAAACAAACUUGGUGCAACCAUCAAGGCAUCCCUCAUGAAUGUAAAAACCGUGUUAAGUAUUGAAAAUAUGCUUGAUAAAGCUGUUGAACUUGGUUUGUCUGUGGACGAAAGCAAAACUGAAACACAAAAGAAAGCAGCUGGGGAGAUCAUGGCCGGUAUUGGGGUGAGGAGUAUACCACACUACAAGAAACAACAACUUCCUUUGCAAGGAGAUGACUGGAAAAAGUUAUCACAGUUAGAGAAGAAAGAAUGCAGGAUGAAGGACACUGGUACCUCAGGCCUUGAAGAGUAUAAAUCUCAGUUACAGGCAGAAAAACAAAAAAUUAGAGAGAAUCUAAGCAAACAAAAAAUGUCAAAAGGAAUGAAGAGUUUUAUUGAAACCUUAUCCACAAGUGACAAAGAGAAAAGAGAUUUCUUUCUUAAGUGGAUGAAAUUCAAGUUCAAUACACAUUCACGAGACAAGCUGACUGUGCUGCGUAACAAAUUUAAAGAGCAAUGCAAGACUAAAGAUGCAAAACUCAUUGCAGAGCUGGAUCAGGCUUUGGUGGACAGUUCUUUAGGAAUAGAGCAUUACAUGAGAGAGAUGGGACUGAUCUAUGAGGUUUCCUUGCACUCACCGAACUCUGCUGAUAAAAUGUCUCACCUCCCUGGUUUGGCAGCUGAAAUGCUGUUGGAUGGAUAUCCUUUAGAGCUCUUAGAUGGAGAUGCUUCCAACAUCCCAGAGAGAUGGGUGACAGAUGUGCUCAUGGAGCUUCACAAGAAGGUUGGAGAGAAGAGCAGACUGUUGGUACUGACUGUGUUGGGUGUUCAAAGUAGCGGGAAGUCAACACUCCUCAACACAAUGUUUGGUGUGCAAUUUGCAGUCAGCAGUGGCAGAUGCACAAGAGGAGCCUUCAUGCUCUUCCUCAAAGUUGGAGAGGACAUAAAACGUGACUUAAAUGUUGACUUUAUACUUCUCAUUGACACAGAAGGUCUGAAAUCUCCUGAUUUGGCACAGCUAGAUGACAGUUACGAGCAUGACAACCAGCUGGCAACCUUUGUCAUUGGUUUAAGUGAUGUCACCAUUAUCAACAUCGCAAUGGAGAAUGCAACCGAAAUGAAAGAUGUCCUGCAAAUCACAGCUCAUGCAUUUCUGAGAAUGAAGCAAAUUGGAAAAAAGCCAGUUUGUCAUUUUGUGCACCAGAAUGUUGCUGGAGUCUCAGCUCACUCCAAGAGUAUGACCGAAAGACAACAUCUCUUGGACCAGCUCAAUGAAAUGACUCAAAUUGCAGCUGAAAUGGAAAGGCAGCCGGCCAUAAAGGCAUUUACAGAUGUGCUGGACUAUGACAUAGAAAAAAACAACUGGAACAUCCCAGGACUCUGGCAUGGGACCCCACCAAUGGCACCAGUGAACACAGGUUACAGCGAGGCUGUAGCAGAGUUCAAGAAAAACCUUUUGGAAACCUUGAAAAGUAAAGAAAAAGAUGAAGUCUCAGAGAUUCCAGAGUUUCUGGCAUGGAUGAGAAGUCUCUGGAAAGCAGUUAAAUAUGAGAACUUCAUCUUCAGUUUCAGAAACACCCUUGUGGCUCAUGCAUACGACAACCUUUGCAAAGAAUUCAGCCAAUGGGAAUGGGAGUUCAGAAAAGAGAUUCUCUGCUGGCAGACAGCAGCAGAGUUAGAAAUCUUAAAUGACAACGAAUCUCAGGUGGAAACCUGGAGUGGACUGGUUGCAUCCAAAAAAUCAGAGGUGUCCGAAAAAAUAGAAAGACAACAAAUAACAAUGAAAAAGAAACUCAACGACUACUACAAAAGGAAAGACAGACGUGUAAAUUUGAUAGAGAAAUAUAAAAUUGACUUUCUCAGCAGUAUCAACAGUCUGGCAAAAGAAAUCCAACAUUCCGUGUGUACUAAGCUGGAUUGUGUCCUAGAUCUAAAAAUAGGUUCAAAAAAGGUUCAGGACAUACAGAGGAAAUACAGAAGCGAGAUUGAAGAGCAGGUCAUGAAGCUCCUGAGUGACUGCAAAGACUCCACACGGUCUGAUGAACAGCUGACACAAGAGUUUGAGAAGAUGUGGGCUCAAGCCACUGGAAAUGUACCUCACCUAAAAGAACGAGAUAUACCUGCAUGCAUUCUCAGCCAAUUGAGAAAAAAUGUCUCAAAUCUGAAUGUAAAUGAGAUCCUGCAAAACAUUGAUGAGCUGAAGGAAAUAGGGAAGGAUCCAUUUAAGACCAGAGGUGACCAUGUUGAUUCCUUUACAAAGAAGUUUCAAUAUCUGUGGGGGGGAGAUUUACAAAGAUUUGCAGACAGUGUCAUUGAGAUAUCCACAAAGUUUGUUCUUGAUAAAACAAAGACAACUGGAGAUUACCAUGACUCUUUCACAAGGGAACUCCUGGAGAAAAUAGAUGACUCCCUUAAACAGAGCUACAAGCGCUACAAAACAAAUACACAGUUUGAGAUUGACCUGAAACUUCACAUUUGUGGCAUUGCUGCGAGGGGAUUCCUAAAAAUGCACAAAAAAUUCAUGUCGGACAAUGACUCUCGAAUUCAGCUGGAGAAGUACAAGACUCAAUAUCUGUCAGACUUUCUUGAUCUAUACAAACAGAGAGAUCACAGCCAGCGCAAAGCAGCUGAUUUUGUUAGAUGUUGCAUCAAACCUGCCGUUAAAGACUACAUCAGCAGAUCUCUGGGAAUAGACAUUGUGGAUGAAAUUUUGACAAGUUGCCAUUCAGCAGAGUACAGUUCAAGGUCCUUUUUCCAGUACAACAUUCAGAAAGAGUUGCUGCAAAAGGAAAACUUUGAGAAUUUUAUUGAAUACAUCUUGACAUAUGAAAUGUAUGUUAAGGAUUGGAUAUUUGACCACAUCUUGAAAAAAAUGUCAGAGGGCAAAACCUUGUGCAAACUGAAGACUAAGAGUCUGCAAGUCAUAGUUUACAAAAUAACAGAAGCAAUAGAACAGGCUUCAAAGACAAAGGAUGGCAAUCUGCUGCAAGAUAACAACGAAAGCAUCACAGAGCUCAUCAACAACAUGCGCAAAUACCUGAUCAAAGACAUCUCCAUAUCAGUGGAGGCUGAAAAAACCACCCUGUUUCAAAUCCAAAGCACAUGUCAUCCAUUUAUCAACAGCCUCAAGUCCUCAAUACAAGACUUGAAAAAACAACUCAAUGAGGAAUUUUCCAACGCUGAUGACAUAACUGAAACACUAAACAAGAUUCCAAACAAACCACAAGAUGAGCUUUUCAAGCGGGUGUUUGGCUGUGGACAACAAUGUCCAUUUUGUUAUGUUCCUUGUGAGGCAGGAGGCAAAGAACACAAGCAACAUCAUGCAGCUGUGCAUCGGCCACAAGGUCUUGGUAGUUUCAUGAAUUCAGAGAACCGCAAGCUGGUAGAAACACUGUGUACAACAGAUGUGCACAGUGAUACGGAAUUCAGUACUCGAGAAACAGAUGAUGAGUGGCAUCCUUACAAGGAUUACACCACAUACUAUCCAGACUGGCACAUUCCUCCUGACACCACCAUCGAAGCAUCUGACUACUGGAAAUAUAUCCUGGUUCGCUACAAUUACAGAUUUGCUCAAGAAUACGAAGCAAAACCAGCUGAUGUUCCAGAUGCCUGGAGGAAAAUCACAAAGGAACAAGCACUGAAGGGAUUAAAAGUGGCCUUCAACAUAAAGUGA